AUGUGGAGGGUUGAAGAUGUGUUAAAAGACCUUAAGGAAGAAGGAGUUUAUGGAAAUUGUUGUGAGAAAGAAGAAUCAACUGGUUUGCCGCCUGGGUUCAGAUUUCACCCUACGGAUGAAGAACUCAUAACUUUCUACCUUGCUUCCAAGGUCUUUAACACUACUACAACGACUACUGCUACUAAUAAUACCACCACUAACUUAUUCUUGUCUAACUCUGAUGUCCAAAUGGUUGAAGUUGAUCUUACUAGAUGUGAGCCUUGGGACCUUCCAGAAAGGGCGAAGAUGGGAGAAAGGGAGUGGUACCUGUUCAGCUUGAGAGACAGGAAGUACCCUUCAGGGUUGAGGACGAACCGAGCCACUGAAACCGGCUACUGGAAGGCUACUGGUAAGGAUAGACAAGUCUACGCCGGCGGAAUUACGACUGCAGCUGGUGGAGCAGGAGGUGUGUUGAUAGGGAUGAAGAAGACACUUGUGUUCUAUCAAGGCCGUGCUCCUCGCGGCGUUAAGACUAGUUGGGUUAUGCAUGAGUACCGUCUUGACGGCCAUUUCUCCUCCUUCCGCCUCUCCUCUAAGGUCUCUCCUUCUAUUUUCCCAUCAUAGUUUACAAAAGUUUACUAAUAAAUAAAUAAUAAUGGCAUGAAAUUUUGUAACAAAAUUGGAAAAUGUUCAAAAUUGCAGGAAGAAUGGGUGAUAUGUAGAAUAUGCCACAAGAAUGCAGAGAAGAAAUUAUCUCCACUAAUUAUUCACCCACCACCAUCGCCACCGCCAACGCCACAGCGGCGGCCGUUAUCUCCUUUCCUCAGCAGUUUGCCCCCUCUGGCUGAUCCACCCAGCACCACCCAAGAAGUAGCUGAUACCCCUUCGCAACAUCGUAAUUAUGCUAAUAGUCAUGACCUCCUUCACUCGUUAUUGUUAAAUCCUUUACCUAAUUUUUCAUCCAUUUCUGGAUCCAACACCAUAUUCCCUCCUCUCAAUACCACUACCACUAACACUACCACCACAGCCGCCUCUAUCGAUAUGUCACCCUCUUCAACCCUCUUUAAGUCUUUCCACCAUCC